AGAAUUAAAAAAUUUGGCAACUGUUCUGGUAGCAUACUUCAAAAUUCUGCUAGUGAAUUUCAAAAUUAUACGUGAAAAAUAAACCGUUGUCCUAAAAAAAUUCUAGAAAAGACUUUUUUAAUUCAAAGCCUCAAAGGUUCCCUCCAAAUAUGUGGUGUAAAUUAACUGUAAAACUUCACAUGUGCCACUUUAUCAACCACAUAGUAUUUUCAGUUUUUUAUUUGCACUCGUAAGAAGCAAGAUUAAUUUAGCAUUGUUACCUUAUUCUCACUCAAUUGUGGGAAGAUGGACUCUUGUUAUUUCGCUGUGACAAAGCCAUCAUCUUCUUCUUCAGCUAUUCUGAAUUUUCAGGGUGUUUCAUCUGUUGGUGUAAGAUCGUCCCAGAAAUCCUUACGUGCCGCCCCUUCUCAACUUUGUUGGCCAUUUUCUAGACCUAACAAGAAAUAUCAAAAUUUUCUUUAUAGGCGGACCUCGCAGAAUCUUAGAUUCAAGACAUUGAAGGGGCCCAUCUUGGCAGAAGCUGGAAAACAAGGUUGGGAUCUUGGCAGAUUUAUAGAGACAUUGUAUUUUUUUAAUGGCCCUCCUUCCCCUGCAAAGUUCUUUGAAUCUCUGAUUGAGAAGCUAACUGGUCCAUCACCUAGUACACCAGUCAACUCAAUGGAUUCUUCCGGAAUUACGCUGGUAACUGGAGCCACAGGUGGAGUCGGGAGAAGAGUGGUCGACGUGUUACGCAACAAAAGAUUGCCUGUCCGAGUACUCGUCAGAAAUGAAGAGAAGGCAAGAAGAAUGCUUGGUGAAGAUGUUGACCUGGUUGUUGGAGAUGUUACCAAAUCAAGCACUCUGCUUCCCGAGUACUUCAGAGGAGUAACGAGCGUAAUUAAUGCUGUUUCUGUAAUUGUUGGCCCAAAGGAAGGGGAUACCCCUGACAGGGCAAAAUACAGUCAGGGAAUCAAGUUCUUUGAACCCGAGAUUAAGGGUGACUCACCCGAAAUGGUGGAGUACAUUGGAAUGAAGAAUUUAAUAAAUGUCGUCAAAGAAAAUGUUGGCCUUCGCACAGGAAAACUAGUAUUUGGAUAUGAAGGUAAUUCAUUUAAAGAACUUCCUUGGGGUGCUUUGGAUGAUGUUGUGAUGGGUGGAGUGAGUCAAAGUACAUUCCAGAUAGAUCUAACUGGUGGGGAAAAUGGUGGACCAACAGGGCUCUUCAAAGGAGUUGUUACCACUGCUAACAAUGGAGGUUUUGCCAGUAUCAGGACAAAGAACUUUUCUGAACCUGAAAAUCUUUCUGCUUAUGAUGGUUUAGAGUUGCGCCUUAAAGGUGAUGGCCGUCGUUAUAAGCUUAUUGUUCGCAUUAGCCGUGAUUGGGAUGCUGUGGGUUAUACAUCGAGCUUUGACACCAUUGAGGGUUGGCAAUCGGUCCGUUUGCCUUUUUCUUCUUUGAGGCCUAUAUUCCGAGCACGAACUGUACUAGAUGCACCGCCUUUUGACCCCAGUCAAAUCAUGUCAUUACAGCUUAUGUUCAGCAAAUUCGAAUCUGAUGGUAAACUGAAUCCAACUUUCAAGGAAGGUCCUUUUGAACUUCCUGUAUCAUGCAUUCGGGCUUAUCUUAAAGAUCCCAUAACUCCCAGGUUUAUACAUGUCAGUUCUGCUGGUGUAACUAGACCGGAAAGACCAGGAAUUGAUUUAAGCAAACAGCCUCCAGCUGUGCGAUUGAACAAGGAAUUGGGCUUCAUCCUGACAUUCAAGUUAAAGGGGGAAGAUGAGAUUCGAGAAUCUGGCAUACCAUAUACAAUAGUCCGGCCUUGUGCCUUAACUGAGGAGCCUGCAGGAGCUGAUCUCAUUUUCGAUCAAGGAGACAAUAUCACGGGGAAGAUAUCCCGCGAAGAAGUUGCUCGGAUAUGUGUGGCAGCACUGAAAAGCCCCUAUGCAUGUGACAAGACAUUUGAGGUUAAAAGUGUCAUUCCAUUUAGUGAGCCUUUCACGGUGGAUCCAGAGAACCCUCCUCCAGAGAAAGAUUACAAUGAAUACUUCAAGACUUUGAAAGAUGGCAUCACUGGGAAAGAAAGCCUUGAGAAAACUCCGAUCCCUGUAUAAGAACCAAGGGUGGUAUGUUCAUUUUCUUCUACUGCUCCAACAUAUAUUGAAUGGGGAAGCAUAUGAGAAUUCUUACUAGUUCACAAGUUGCAACAGCAUUAUGCAGAGCAAGAUUUUGGAAGUUCUUUUAGUUUUCUUUUAGUAGAUGUAAGUAAAUACCCUUUUUCUAUUAAUAGAACAAGAUUUUGCUUUGGGAUUCAAGACCUGAACCGUGAGAACCGAGAUUAAGGUAUGCUGCAUCAUCCCCUGAAGGCAGAAAGAAGGUGUAUUUGUACGUAUUCUUCACUGGCAUUAGUUCAGUCCCAUGUGGAUAUAAAUAGUUGAAUGUCUUGCAUGGGAACGCCGCGAAUAUUAAUAUAUUGGCAUAUGAUUAUCCCGUGAAUUAUUAUUUACUGUUUGUGAAGUGCUGAUACAAUAAGCUGUAUUUAAGAGCAUGCACUAUCCGUCUUUAAUCUACGAUAUUACGCUGA